AUGCCGGUCCCAAGCUGGACUGGUUUCGAGUGGGACUUUGACAAAGCACUGAGACUACCGGCCGCUCGCUGCCCGCCUCGCCCACCCCCCACGCGCGCAUGCUGCCAAAACAGGCGCAUGGCGGCUGAUGUGGCGUCCGUGUGGCGUGGGCCCAUGGUGAUGGCGGCGGUGGAGAAGCUUGUAAGGGGGACAGAGUGGGGGCGGCUGAACGUGCUGCUUGGCUUUGGCUACGUGGAGCUCAGCUUGAGCCAGCAGGUCCGGCUGUCAGGUGCGUGGCAGAUGGGAUGGGAUGGGGUAAAUCCAGCACCAUGGGAGGAAGGAAGGGGCGCUGGAGGUGGGUGGUCGCAUUUUGCUGGUGGUGGCCGUAUUGCGCACAGGCCCUCCACCCCCUCCCUUGCCCACACCCGGACCCGCCCAUUCACCUCCUUACAGGGGCCGGGGACGGGGGACUGCCUCCUGGCCAUUCCUUCCACCCUUUGCCUUCGCCUUAGCCUGACCGAUUUACCAGGGCGCCGUUGCAUUCAGAAAGUUGGUGGGGGUGGUGGGGAGCAUGAUUUACUUUACCUGCCCAGCCUGCUCCCUUACGCUAUGGAUUUCCCCCCUGCUGCUGACCUGCGCAUCGAGUUCCUUGCGCAGGUGGGUUCCUGCCGCGGGUGGAUUGCCAGGCGCCCUGCUCCUCUCCCCCCACUCCUACACCCCGCCUUCCUCUCUGCUUCUCUGCUCGCGCCCAUUCUGCAGCCUCCCCACUUCGGCCCCCUCCUGAUUGUGCUGGAGAGAAUCUGCACCGGCCCACUGCCCACCGGACAGGGGACGACGUUUCCUAUUCCGUUUCUCCCUUACUACCUUUCUCUCCAUUUUCCCCUGCAAACCCUGCUCACCUGCGCCCCUCCCUCGUCCCGUUUGCCUCUUGCGCUUCCUCAUAUCACCCCAGGGGGUGGUGUCCUGCGUGUGCUACAUGACCGUGCAGGGCACUACAAGCGCACAAGUAGAUUCAUCGUGCUUGAGGUGAGGCAUAGUGGUGGGGGUGAGGCAUAG